CACAAACUUGAAAUGUACUGUCAAGAUCAAGAAAUUUGACAAAAAUUGCAUAGUAUCUUAAUUUUAGCUCUUCAAAAUUUUUGUGUAACUAGUUCAUUUAAUGAAAAGAAUGGGAAGAAUCGAAUAAAAAACCAUUGCAAAAUAUGAAAGCAAUAAAAUUCCAAAUUUUACAUCAGUAAGUCUGAGCAAUGAGUUGCUCUAACUCUUGUUCAGCACGGAGAAGAAGUUCAUCACGAGCAUGUCCCAUUUCUGGAGCACGCAACUGUCCAAUACAAUGCAUAACAAAAUUAAUCUUGUUUCUUGCUAUCACCAUUUUCAUACUGUAUGUACCUCUCGGUAAUACGCCCCCGAAUGCGGAGCCUCAGGGAGGGUCCUGUCUAAAAAUAGAAAUAAAACCGCCAUUACAUGACAAGAACACAGCAUUGUGCUGUAUAUGUGAUAUGUACAAUAUACUGGUAAAGGUUGGUAAAGUGGCUUCAGAUACUAUUGACAGGAUAGUGUGCCUGUCUUUAGAAGCUUUGUAUGAAGGGAAGCUGCAGUUCUAUCGGUUCUUGGAAACUGUCGACAGCAAAGAUUUGUGUCGUGCUGUUUGUUGCCGAGAAACUUAUUGUUACUACUUUUAGGAACGAGUAGGUCACAUGGCGUCAGAGAGGAGUGACAGGGUUCCGUGCAAGUGCAGCAAGAGUCGGGCUUGCAGAAAGACCAGGGUUUUGACAUAGUGGUGUAUUUUCUUUAUAUUAAGUAAAUUGUUGCACGUCUUUAACAGAUUUCCCGAAGGGAGUCUCGAUUCGGUUGUCAAAAUUUUUAUUGUCAAUGUUUUUCGUAUUUUCUACGAUGAUUACACGCAACUUUAUUGUA